AUGCGCUGCCACACGGGAGAGAAGCUGUACGUGUGCCGAGAGUGCGAGAAGGCCUUCAGCUGGAGCUCGUCCCGUCAAGCACCUGAGGACACACACAGCCAGAGCUCCUCCCUGGCCAAGCACUGGCAGGUGCACACAGGCGAGCGGUCCUACGUGUGCAGAGAGUGCGGGAGGGCCUUCCGCCAGAACUCCUGCCUGACCCAGCACCUCAGGAUCCACAGCGGCGAGAAGCCGUUCACGUGUGGGGAGUGCAGGAAGCCCUUCAGUGACUCCUCGGCCGUGGUCCUGCACCAGCGGGUGCACAAGGGCGAGCAGGCCUACGUGUGCGGAAAAUGCAGGAAGGCCUUCAGCCAGAGCAAGGUCUUCACGCAGCACGAGCAGAUCCACACGGGGGAGAAGCCCUUCAUGUGCGGCGACUGCGGCAGGGCCUUCACGCAGAACGCCUCCCUCACCCUGCACCUGAGGACACACACCAGGGAGAAGCCCUACAAGUGCAACGAGUGUGGCAAGGCCUACAUCCAGAUGUCGCACCUCACCGAGCAUUACCGGGUGCACACCGGGGAGCGGCGCUACAUGUGCAACGUGUGCCGCAAAGCCUUCAGACUUGGCACACAUCUCCUGCAGCACCAGCGCGCCCACGUGGGUGCCACGCCGUUCACCUGUAGCACGUGUCGGAAAACCUUCCCGGAGGCUGCGGCCCUCAUUCUGCACCAGAGGAUUCAUGCUGGUGAGAAGCCCUUUGAGUGCCACAAAUGCGGCAGGGCCUUCAGCCAGAGCAGGUCCCUGGCCCAGCAUCAGAACAUUCAUUCCAGGGGGAGGCCGUGA